CGCAACACCGCCCACCCUACCCGGCUCUGCUUCAGCUUUGUUAGGCAGAAAACUUCCUGAGUAAGACACAAACCAAAACAAAGGGCUUAUUGGAGCAAACAACCGAAGCUACUCUCUCUCUGUUGGUGUUAUAUCUUUUAUAUUUCCGCUGUUUUAUCACCAGAUACUUAGCUCGCGAUAUAGUGCUAGUAAGCUAACGACGGAGUUGUUCACCUGCUCUAAACUGCUAAUCUCAUGUUAGCGCAUUAACGUUACCUGUGCCUAUUCAUCGUUUGUUUAUUAACAUUAUCCACCUCCUUGUAAUCUUCGUUCCUCUUCUCUUCAUUGACAACAGUUUUCUCCAAUGGUCCUCAUCUGCUCCCAUUCUGUCAGCCUCUUUAAGUGAUUGAAUGAGGUGAAACUGGCAUCAGUGGACAAGCACAUACACAAAGGGCCAUUGAUUGGUCAAGGAUGACCAUGGAAGACAUGAAGAAUGAAGCAGACACCGCCUCAGUAGUCUCUAUGGCUCUCUACACUGUGAUGUUUCCUGUUUUUAACCAGCUGGAGAAAGUCGACUUAUCAGCAGCGCAGACCUUGAGAGCAGCCGUCAUAAAGGCAGAGAAGGAGAACCCAGGCCUGACCCAGGACAUUGUUUUGAAAAUAUUGGAGAAGAAGAAAGUUAAAAUUGACUAUAAUGAGUCUCUACUUCGCAUGGCUGCAGACGAUGUGGAAGAAUUUAUGAUUGACAGGCGAGAGCCAGAGUUCCAGGAGCUGAAUGAGAGGGCCCGAGCUCUGAAACACAUCCUCAGCACCAUACCAGAUGAGAUCAAUGACAGAGUAGGCUUCCUACAGACCAUCAAGGACAUUGCCAGCGCCAUAAAGGAGCUACUAGACACAGUUAAUACAGUGUUCAGUAAAUACCAGUAUCAGAAUAGACGGGCGCUGGAACAGCAAAAGAAAGAGUUUGUGAAAUACUCCAAGAGCUUCAGCAUCACUCUCAAAACCUACUUCAGAGAUGGAAAAGUGAUAAACGUGUUUGUCAGCGCCAACCGGCUCACCCACCAAACCAACAUGAUACUGCGGGCCUUCAAGACUCUGGUGUAGCCUGAGAAGACACACACACACACACACACACACACACACACAUGCACACACACAGCUUCUUAUUAGAGAAUAGGUGAUAUGAGGCUUUGUAAUUUGUAAAGACAUUUUAUUAUUUUUGGGUUGUAUAAUUUAUAAUGCUGUGGCUUUGAGGGGAGAUCAGGUAGUUUGAGGUUCAAAGCAAAUCAGGUUGACAGUAAUUGCAGGGGAUUUUAACUCUCUUUUAUGUUGUUCUUUUAUCAGAUUCUUAAGUCGAUAUUUCUUCAUUCCUUUAUAUAUUUCCUUUUGUUCAGUAUAGUUCUGAAAAAGUCUAGCAAAAAAAGUUUUGUCAUUACACCAGUCAACAUAAUACAAAGAAGAGACUCAACAAAGAAACACAUUCCCACAUUUUUGCACUUGAACUAUAAUUUUAUUAUGUAAAACAUAAUCUUGAUCUAUACGGUGACAUCAUGUACUUGGCAGUAAUAUCCUGCCACUAUCGGCUUACAUUAUAUUCAACUUAAAUAUGUCAAGAAACCAAAGUCUGGAGAAAUGUUUUGGACUUUGAAAUGGAGACUGUGGCGGUAUCCCAAAGUCAAGGAUCCUUCCUUGGUAGGCUCCUUCCUUCAGAGUCGGGUCCUCCAGAGACGAGGCCAGAGUCCUUCCUUUCACUGGUGUAACGCACAAAUGGAACAGCCUUCCGAGUGUGCAGCUGUGCGUAAUUGCGUAAUGGUGGACGGUCCUGCUUAAAUUCAGCGAUGCAAUUUAAAAACCAGUUCACAACAUGAUCUGGCUUUGGCAUCCGCACUCAGCCACAUAUUUGUGGAAGAAGAUGCUUUAAGGUUGAAUCUCCACUAUUUAGCAAGUAAAAGCCAAAAUGUGGAUUAAACCAGGAUAUUUCACUGAUCCUGGCUGAAUUUGGUCGCUACUCAGUUUCAUAAAAGCAGCGGCGCAUAACUCACCAUUGAGAUGUGUUCUGUGAUUUAUUUAUUUUUUUAUAGUACAGUACAAUAACAGUUAUUUAUUAAUAAUAAUAAAGGAUAGUAGCGGACUGUCGAUCCCUGUUAACACAAUAAACAAAUGUAUAACUUUCUGAAUGGCAUAGCAACGUAUACUUUGCACAUAGUACAUCAUUUGACGCAUAUAUGACUUAACAAUAACUUAAGCGACUGAGACGGCAUCAAUUAACUUUAACGGCAAUGUAUCAAGAUGACGUUUAUCCUCUUUUAGCUAAAUAUAC